AUGCCGCGUGGGAGAGAGGGAGCAGAGCGGCAGCAGGCCUUUGUUUGCUUCGUGGACAUAAAAAUGUGUCUGCCCAGGCAGCGUAGCGUUCCUGGGCCGAAGCAAACAACCCCGAAGUCGCGAACCCUCCCGUCGGGGGCAAGACAUGGUAGUGAUCGAGCUGGAGCCCGAGGCCUCGUCGCCUGCGGCGGAGGAGCAGGCGGCCGCCGCGGCCGGCGGGAGGCGGCGCGCCCCUCGUCUUCAGCGGCGCCCGAGGAGACGGUGGCCGCCGCUGGCGGGGAGGCGUUGAGGGCGGCGGAUGAGAGGAGGAGGAGGAGGAGGAGGCCUUCGAGGACGCACUCACCGACGAGCAGCUGCGAGAGAUUACCUGACGAAGAAACAGUGCUCCCUUUGUUCAUAGAUAUGAAAAUACAAUAUCUGAGCUUCGUAUCAUGCUCAAUUGGAAUGAAAAAAGCUAGAAGCCAAGCAAAUGAUGCAAAAGCAGAAGGAAACAAGCUUUUUGGCGCUGGACAAUAUGAGGAAGCAUUAUCACAGUAUGAAAUGGCAUUGCAAAUUGCUGCUGAGCUGGAAUCUGCUGAGGAUAUACGUGCUGCAUGCCAUUCUAAUCGUGCUGUAUGCUUCCUGAAAUUGGGAAAACAUGAUGAGACGAUUAAAGAAUGUACAAAAGCACUUGAACUCAAUCCAACAUACCUGAAAGCCCUGCUCCGGAGGGCAGAAGCACAUGAAAAGCUUGAACACUAUGAUGAAGCUAUUGCCGAUAUGAAAAAGGUUAUUGAAGUGGAUCCUUCAAAUCAACAAGCCACGAGGUUGCUUUUCCGACUUGAGCCCCUGGCAGCUGAGAAGAGGGAAAAGAUGAAGGAAGAAAUGAUUGCAAAGCUGAAAGAUCUGGGGAACUCUGUGCUGGGCCGCUUCGGAAUGAGUGUUGACAAUUUCAAAGCCGUCAAAGAUCCAAACACUGGUUCUUACAGCAUUCAAUUCCAGAAGUAA